AAAUAAUCAUGAAUAAUGCAUGGGAAGCUAUUCAACAAAAAACCUUCACCAAAUGGGUCAACAAUAAACUUGACAUUAGACAAGUACCACACAUCAAAGAGCUCUGUGCUGAUCUAGCAACCGGUGUACGAUUGAUUCAACUAUUGGAAAUCAUUGGAAACGCACCGAUCCCACGCUACAACAAAAACCCACGGAUGAGGAUCCAGUGUGUAGAGAAUGUUAAUAUGGCGCUUGAGUUCAUAAGACGAAUUGUACCUCUGACCAACAUUGGAGCUGAAGAUAUUGUGGAUAAAAACUUGAAGUUGGUAUUGGGGAUGCUGUGGACAAUUAUCUUGAGAUUCACAAUUGACGAUAUCAAUCAAGAGGGCAAGAAUGCAAAAGAAGGACUUUUACUUUGGUGCCAGAGAAAGACAGCGCCUUAUGAUCAAGUAGAUGUCCGUGACUUUACUUAUAGCUGGACAGAUGGUCUUGCCUUCUGUGCUUUGAUUCAUUGCCAUCGACCAGACCUGUUGGAUUUUUCAUCGCUUGAUCCUAAUGAUCGCCAUGGUAACACUGCCUUGGCUUUUGACAUUGCUGAAGAAUAUCUCGGCAUUCCGAAACUAUUGGAUGUAGAAGAUGUAUGCGAUAUCUCAAAACCAGAUGAAAGGUCUGUGAUGACCUAUGUUGCCGAAUACUUCCAUGCAUUUUCAACUAGUGACAAGGUUGGGACAGCAGGAAGACGUAUAUCAAAAUUUGCUGAAGUAAUGUCUUCUAUCUGGCAAAUGCAACACACGUACGAACAGCGUGUUCUUGCAUUGAUGGACGCUGUUGAUAAUGCACAGCAGCAAUGGAAGGACACUGUCUUGAAUGAUAGCUAUGAUGAUAUGAAACAGCGGGUUGCAGACUUUAGCCAUUACAAAAACACACAAAAACGGGAAUGGAUUUCAGAGAAACGAGACCUUGAUUUACUUUUGGGAAAUAUACAGACAAAGCUUAAAACAUACAAUCUCAAACCAUACUUUCCUCCAGAUGGCUUGACACUAAAAGACUUGGACAAUAUAUGGUAUAGUUUAUUACAAGACGAAGCUUUAUAUCAUCAAAGUCUCAAUAGUAGAAUUAGAAGAAUUAAAGAGAAUCUUCGAAAAGCAUAUGCCAAUGCUGCAAAUGACUUUCAGAAUCAACUUGACACAAUUUCUGCAGAGCUAGCUUCUCUGGACGGAGACCUCGAAUCUCAACUUAAUAGACUCAACCUAACUAAACGCAAGGUCGAUCCACUUCAACUAUAUUUGCACAAUAUCGAAGGACUUGACCAAGAAUGUAUUCAUGCCAAUACCGAAGAAAACGAUUACACAGUCUAUUCCGUCGAAGAUUUGGCAUUUGGGCUUGGACUGGUGCAACAAGCAAUACAAAAGAAGAAUGCUUUUAUACAAAAUCAGGUUGUUUCACGUAACAUGACCAGCCUGACACCGGCACAGCUGGAGCAAUUCGAACAGACAUUUAGACAUUUUGACAGCAAUUACAAUAAUACCCUCUCACCUGCAGAAUUUAAUGCUUCUCUUGCAAGUCUGGGAAUAUUCUUCAAGGAUUCUGAAUUUAUAUCAAUGUUUAGAGCCGUUGCCGAGGGACGUGAUGAGAUUACGUUUGAGCAGUUUAUUCGAUUUAUUGUAUCAGUAACCGAGGAUAAAUCAACUCCCCAGCAACUGCACGAUUCAUUCCGGGCAAUUGCUGCCGACAAGCCUUAUGUGACCGAAUUGGAUCUGAGUAUGUGUCUUGUUCCUGCUCCAUUUAUUGAUUAUCUCAAGCAUACUAUGCCUCAAAGUCGUGAAGAACCAGGGGCAUUGGACUAUAGCUCAUAUGUAAUGCAAACAUUUAUAUAAACAAAUAAACAAAUAAAAUACACAAACACACACCUACAUACAUACUAU